AGUUUCGCUCACGACUUGAUCCCCAAGGCAGCACCAGCGACCAAGCCAAUUCCAACUCCGCGCCCCACUUCCGUUUCGACGCCGGGGCUCGCACGCGGGCUAAAUUAACUGCACAAAUAGCUAGGGUUCCCGAUCGAGUUCCAUCCCAGGCCACCACGCCCCCCCACCUCCCGGCCGCCAUUAUUCUGCAAACAAACUCGAUCUCCGGCUCCCAUCAUCGAAUUGAUAAGCAGCCAGCAGACCCAGGCCCGCGAAUCCGGGGCAAGAACAGAGGUCGUGUUGUGUCGUCACAGGGAGAAGGAUGUCGGGCAGGUCGAGCCGGAUCGCGGUGGUGGUGGAGGACCGCUGCCGCCCCAGCAAGUGCGGCCAGGAGUGCCGCAGGCGCUGCCCCGUCAACGCCACCGGGCGUCAAUGCAUAGAAGUUACGCAGUCAUCGAAAGUCUCCUUAAUUUCCGAGGAUCUGUGCGUUGGAUGUGGUAUUUGUGUGAAGGUGUGUCCAUUUAAUGCUAUUCAAAUUAUAAACUUGCCAAAGGAACUUGACAAGGAGACCACACAUCGCUAUGGACCAAAUUCCUUCAAACUUCACAGGCUGCCGGUUCCAAGGCCUGGGAAAGUUUUGGGCUUAGUAGGGACAAACGGUAUUGGGAAGUCAACUGCACUUAAUAUUCUGGCUGGAAUGUUGAAGCCUAACUUGGGUAAAUUCAUGGAUCCGCCAAAUUGGGAUGACAUACUGAAGCACUUCCAUGGAAAAGAACUUCAGAAAUACUUUACCUGUUUUUUGGAAGACAAAAUGAAGACAACUAUUAAACCUCAGUUCGUCGAGCAUAUUGCAAAAUCUGUUCAAGGGACAGUCGGUAACCAGCUUAAUAAGAUAGACAAGAGACAAGCCCAAGAUACUUUGUGUGAUUUUCUUGACCUGAAUCAAAUAAUGGACCGAAAUAUAUCAGAUCUAUCUGGUGGAGAGCUCCAGAGAUUUGCAAUAGCUGCUCGGGCUAUGGAAGAUGUAGAUGUUUAUAUGUUCGAUGAGCCAUCCUGCUAUCUUGAUGUCAAACAAAGGCUGAAAGCUGCACAAGUUAUUCGUUCAUUACUUCAGCCCAAGAACUAUGUAAUUGUUGUGGAGCAUGAUCUUAGCAUUCUUGACUACUUGUCAGACUACAUAUGUUGUCUUUAUGGGAGUCCAGGAGCAUAUGGUGUUGUCACUUUACCCUUUUCAGUUAGGGAAGGAAUCAAUAUUUUCCUGAAUGGCUUUAUCCCAACAGAAAAUAUGCGCUUCCGUGAGGAGAAACUUACAUUUAGAGUUACUGAGUCUGCUGAAGAGACAACGGAGGGUGAGACUUACCAAAGCUACAAAUAUCCUACCAUGAUAAAAACAAGUUCUGGCUUCAAGCUAUCGGUCAUGAAAGGAAGCUUUAAUGAUUCCCAAAUAAUUGUACUGCUCGGAGAAAAUGGUACUGGGAAGACAACAUUUAUCCGUAUGCUGGCAGGACAAGUGAAGCCAGACAGAGUGGGUGAUGAAGAAGUUGAUAUGCCUGCAUAUGUUGUCUCAUACAAGCCUCAGGAACUGAUAUUGAUACCCAAAAUUAGCGCUACCGUGAGAGAGCUUCUACACAGGAAAAUACCUGGAUCUUGCAGCGAUGCACAGUUCAGAUCUGAUGUCAUGAAACCACUGAAAAUUGAAGAACUCAUGGACAGGAAGGUUAAAAACUUUUCUGGUGGGGAGCUACAAAGGGUUGCACUUUGUCUUUGUCUCGGAAAGGCUGCUGAUAUUUACCUCAUCGAUGAACCAAGUGCCCAUCUUGAUUCAGAGCAGCGCCUUCUUGCAGCAAAGGUCAUCAAAAGGUUUAUCCUUCAUCAGAAGAAAACAGCUUUUAUUGUUGAGCAUGAUUUUAUCAUGGCGACAUACCUUGCCGACAAGGUUGUUGUUUUCGAGGGAAAACCUUCUGUUGACUGUACUGCAAAUGUGCCUGAACCGCUGGUGUCUGGGAUGAACCGCUUUCUUUCACAUCUAGAUGUCACUUUUAGGACAGAUCCAACAACGCACAGGCCUCGGAUUAACAAGCUAGGAUCCACAAAGGACACUGAGCAGAAGGCUUCAGGGUGUCACUACUACCUUGAUUAUUAACAAAGCUUUCGCUAAGGGCACAUCUACGUUUUGCGAAAGCUCCAUUGGGACCGAACAGCUCCAUGCUCGUGCUAUUGCGUUCAUAGAUGCAAGCACAUUUGCACCUCCCGGUGGUUUUGGGCAUGUUUUGGAGCUUGCAAACACUGAAUCGUCAAGUCAUCUCUUUGCGUCUGCCAGUGCUUUCGGCAUGAUGAAUUCUAAGGAUUGGAAACUGAAACCUUGGCAAAGUAUUAUAGCUUCGGAGGUCAUUGAAUAGCACUUAAAGGUAGACAUACUGGCACGAAGCUAGUACCUGAAUGAUAGUUUGAACAAUUGAAGAUCGACUGCAUUGUUGAAGACUCAAAAUAAUAUACAUCUGCUUCUGGGGGCUUCUGUCCUUAAGUUAUAAUAUGGAAGUUUGAGUGAAUUUCUUAUUAGUUUCAGGCCACUGUUCCAUGGCCGGUUUCAUAUUCAGUUAUAGCUUUGUGUGUUCUCUUUGAAACCUUGGGUUUUGAUUUUCGGGGUUGAGUCGUGGACUGAUCAGAACAGUGUUUUCGUUUCUAUCAAGCAUUUUACUAUUACUAGGUGAGUGCCCGUGCGUUGCAACGGGAUACUCGUACAAUAUUAAAAACGCUUCAUUAAAAUUUCUGGUGGUCCUUAUGGUGGUGUAUUCUCUGAUUAA